CGUGGACCGCGCGCGCGGGACCGUCGUCGCGCCCGAAGUUGGCGCAGCCGGCGCGGAGCAGCGGCGCGUUGACUUGGAGGUUAUGUCAGCCGGUUCCCCGAGGUGUCGGCGCGCGCGACAAUGCGGACGGGAAACACGAUCGCGGCCGAGCGAUUCGCAGCAGCACGGGAGCGAUUCUUAUGAGGCGACUCGCGCGCGAGCGAUCGAGCCCCGCACGCAGGAGUUGGCGCGCGCGCGCACGCGCGCACGCACGCGUCCGCCCGCCCGCCCGGUGGUCGUUUAGGUUAUCUCCGUUUCUCUCCUCUCUCUCUCUUGGCGGUUCCUCCUUUCUCUUUUAUCUCGCUUUUCCCUUUAAAUGGAAGAGACCGCCGCGCCGGACUCGCCGAGAUCGCAAUCAGGGGAAAGCAACGUUAACGAGCCGAGCGUCGAGACGGUCUACGGUGACAAUGACGCGGAACGUCACGGGGAGCGCACGCCGCAACAGUCCGAGAGGUGCAUCAACAAUUCCAUUUUCAACACCAUAUCCAAGAUCGUCAAUCCCACCACGAAGGUGCCAGAUAUACAGGAUUUUAAGAUAGUAAAGCCGAUAAGCAGAGGAUCGUUUGGUAAAGUAUUUUUAGGGUACAAGAAAACCAAUUCCGAGCAGGUGUACGCGAUUAAAGUGAUGAAGAAGAACGAGAUGAUAAACAAGAACAUGGCGUCGCAGGUGGUAAUCGAGCGGAAAGCGUUAGCGCUCACUCACAGCCCGUAUUGCGUGCAGCUCUUCUAUUCGCUGCAGUCCAUCAGCAGCGUGUAUCUAGUCAUGGAGUACAUGGUGGGCGGCGAUCUUAAGAGCCUGCUCGGCGUUUACGGUUUCAUGGAGGAGUCCAUGGCGGCGUUUUACACGGCGGAGGUUUGCCUGGCGCUCGAGUAUCUUCACUCGCACGGUAUUGUCCAUAGAGACCUCAAGCCGGACAAUAUGCUACUCUCGCGCGAGGGACACGUCAAGCUCACGGACUUCGGGCUGAGUAAGAUAUCGUCCCUGCACCGGGAUCUCGAAAUAUCGGAUCUGGUGAACCCCACGACGCCGAGCCUGUGCACCAGGACACCCGGGCAGCUGCUCUCGCUGACGUCCCACCUGUCCUUCGGCUCCGGCCAGAAGUCCACCAACGAGUCGAAUCUCAGCGACAGGAGCACGCCAGCCAUGAACUUGCUCUCCGCGCUGCAGAGGAAUUACAAUCUUAAAUCCGCGGAACAUAUGUCGCCGAACUCGGCCAUAUCUUCCGUCGCGUCCGGAGAUUACUCUCGAAUAUCUGGUGUCACGCCCUUUCAAUCGGCGGAGGAUCUGCGCUUCGAGCAGAGCCACGAGGAGCAAAGUACGGAAGAGGACGAGUGCACCAUUGAAAGUCGCGAGAAUGGCCUGGUGGACAGCUCUAGCAGCUACCACACCUGCGAGGGAUCCUCCACGCAGGCCAACACCCGUACCGAUCAGACCGCGGAGGAGGAGGAGGAAGAGAAGGACGAGUCUACGCUCGAGGCCGAGCAGUCGCAGCAUCAGUCUCUCGUGCAUACCAGUCCUGUGAGCACGUGCGCCAAUUCAUUCGUGAUUCGAGGAUCGAAGAAGAGGAAGCGGGCCGACGCGAACGUAACGACAGGCUUGACGUGCGAGAUCAACGCGUUAGAUCUGGACGUCGAAAAGACACCCAAGAGAAACAACCGCGAUGUUAUGUAUCCCUAUACGAGCCCGAUCGACGUUGUCUCCACGAAGACGGUGUACAUUAUCGCCGGUCUGGCGGAAAACGAUGGAAGCAGGACGCCGAAUCAAGACACCGAGCAGAACGCUGGAUCUGCGGGUAGGGUGGCCUUCAGCACGCCGGUAUCCUCCGCCAGGCAAAGAGAUCGCAACGAGAAGCAGCACCAGGAGGAGGACGACACCAAGACUCUGAUCAAGACGAGAUUUCGCCUACCGCCGUCGUCCGCCUCCCAUUCCGCCCAGGAUCCACACACGGACUCGGACAAUACGUCCGAGGGUCAUCGGUCGCCACAGGGUAUCUCACCUAUCAAGACACCCGCCAACUCCGGCAACUGUUACACGCCCUACCGAACGCCCAAGUCCGUGAGAAGAGGCGGCCAGGGUGGCGUCAACCGAUCGGACGAUCGCAUACUCGGUACACCCGACUACCUCGCUCCGGAGUUGUUGCUCAAGCAGGGUCACGGGCCGGCAGUCGACUGGUGGGCACUGGGCGUCUGUCUGUACGAAUUCUGCACGGGCCUGCCGCCGUUCAACGACGAAACACCACAGGCGGUGUUCGCCAACAUUCUUGCACGCGACGUACCGUGGCCGGAAGACGAGGAGGCCCUGUCGUCGGCGGCGACCGGUGCCAUCGACGCGCUCCUCACCCUGGAUCAAGCCUCCCGUCCCACGGCGAAGGAGGUGCGCGCCAUGAGCCUCUUCCGCGACUUUCCCUGGGACGAACCGUCGAAAGCGGUGCCCCCGUUCAUCCCGCAGCCGGACGAUAAGUAUGAUACGUGCUAUUUUCAGACGCGGAAUACUAUGCAGCAAUUGAAUGUAAGUAGUUGCGAUACAUAAUCUUCGGCGUAUCGCAUGCAGACGUGGCAAAAACAGAAGCCUAUAUAAUAUCGAAAUCGUUACUAUGUAUAACUUUAUUUUUUUUAUAUACUUGUGUAUAUGUAUAGCAAUAUAAAAUAUAAACUAUUUUGUUACUACUUGUAAUCAUCGAGUUUACUUCGACUUCUACAAUAGAUGAAUGACGAUGAUUUUAUUAAAUGAUGAGAGAACGUACACACAGGGCGCGAUGACAUGGAACUUGAAAUGGAAUGUCGCAUAGUUAAAAAAGAGGAGAGGGAGGAGGGCUGAUAUCAAAUUUUCCUUAAAAGGGAGGCGUUGUCACUUUCGAUUACGAAGGUGGACAUUUUUAAUAUCGCUAUGAAGCUCUUGGUUAGGGCUCGACAGUUUUUAUCACAUUUUUUUGCGGAGCGAGUGCGAUCGUUUUCACGUUUCUUCGGCGAUCCCUCUCGUCGAGGAAACAGGCGACG